AUGAAUUCAACAAAAACGUUUCAUUUUGGAAAUAAUUCUCAUGAUGGAAACGGAUACCGAGCAGUCGUUAUUAAAGAAUUACUUCAUUCAUCGUAUGGAUGUUACAUAUGGCCGUCAGCGUUUGUUUUGGCAGAAUAUAUUUGGGAUAGGCGAAAUUUGUUUGAAGAUAAAACUAUUUUAGAACUAGGAGCAGGAACAUCAUUACCAGGAUUUUUAUGUGCUUCGUUAUCACCUCAAACACACGUUAUAUUAACGGAUCAAUCUGAUUAUCCGCAGAUCCUGGAAAAUAUUUAUGAUGGUGCUCGAUUAAAUAGAUUAUUGUUAACGUCCGAUGACAUUUUUGCCGGAUCGUUACGACCAAAUAUUUGGAUAAGAGGAUUAAAUUGGGGGGAAUUUUGUUUGAGAGACCAAGGAAAAGAUAAGAGUGAAGAAGGAAAUUUAUUGCAAUUGUUACGUGAUAUUGAGCAAAAUAAUAGGAAAUUGGAUUGGAUUUUGGGUAGUGAUACAUUUUAUGAUCCAAAAGACUUUGCGGAUAUAAUUGCAACUAUUGCAUAUAUACUGAAUUAUCACGCACCAAAGGCAAAGUUCUUAACUUCAUAUCAAGAGCGAAGUUCAAAACGAACUAUUCAAUAUUUAUUAGAUAAAUGGAAACUUAAAUGUCGACAAAUAUCUCUCAAAUCGUUUAAUUUUGAUUAUGACAAAUAUACUAGUAAUAAUAAUAGCGAGUUAAGUAAUUCGAUAAACAACACAUCGGAAGAAACUUGUAGAAAAGAAAUGAUAUAUUCAUCUUCAUUGCAGAGUAUUUUCUUGCUCGAAAUUUGGAAAGAUUAA